AAUCGCUACCCAGAUUAGUCGGAUCUUAUCGCCUUUUCGUUUGAAUAUAAUUAUAGUACUUGGCCAGUUGGAAGUGCAUUGGCGACAUUAAGUAAUCCAUGUUAGUCUGCAACUGAUUGUCCAGCCAGCAUGAUCAGUAGCUAUUCCCAGAACUCCAUUCGCCCCUUGCCGGAGGGUUUGCAAAAGGUGGCCAUCGAGGAGCUAAACGAGGUGCCCAGUCGCAUAGAAUCGGAUGUAGCUGCCCUAAGAGAAUGGCUUGAAAAGCAGCCACAUCUGUGCUCCUGUAAGGAUACUCAGUUCCUGUUGAGUUUCCUGCGAGGCUCAAAGUUUAGUCUGGAAAAGGCCAAGCAAAAAAUCGACAGGUUCUACAGUUUGCAAAAGGCCAUCCCUGAGGUUUUCAACGAGCACCGUCUGGCAGAUGAUCCUCAAGUUCUGGAAAUUAUCCGAAUGGGUGUGAUACUACGAGUUCCCUUGGACAAGGAUGACACAGGACCUGCUGUCACCAUCAUACGCGCUGGAGCCUAUGAUCUUAACAAAUUCAAGUUCCAGGACAUCAUACGGGUGGGCUCCAUGUUUGGCGAAAUUAUGAUGAUGGAGGACGACAAUGCCACGGUCAGUGGUUACCUGGAGAUCAUGGACAUGACAGGAGUGACCGGUGCGAAUCUAUUUUCCCUGCAGCCGCAGCUCCUUAGCAAAUUUUCGGCCUAUGCCGAUGAGGCGAUGCCCACCCGUCAGAAGGGCUUCCAUUUCAUCAACGUUCCCAAAGCCUUCGAAGUGGGUUUCAAGUCCUUGUUGGGCUGGUUUCCAGGAAAAAUUAAAGAAAGAGUUUCUGUAAGCUCUGAUCCAGAGGCCAUUUUCGAGCGGGUCCCAAAGCAUUAUCUUCCCAAGGAGUAUGGUGGCACUAAGGGCACUAUGCAGGAUAUAAUCUCCUCUAUGGAAGCCAAGAUAUCGAGCUAUAAGGAAUAUUUUGAGGAGAGCCAGCACUUUGGCACAAACGAGAAGUUACGUGAGGAACCCGAGCUUUUCAAGCAUGAGGAGAGUCACUUCGGCUUGGAUGGCUCAUUUCGGCAGUUGGUGAUCGACUAAAACUAUAAGU